AUGGCGCUUCUUGUGAGGUGGGGAAGGCUCUCUAGCCUCGAGAGGCACGUGGCGCAGAGGCCCUCCCCCUCAUCUACUGUUGCCUUCCCCAUAACCCACUCACUCUCACUCGCCUGCGACGGAAGCUUACGAAACUGCGGCACGGAAAGAUUUAAUAGCGCCUGUAACGCGGAAUUGGCAGCGGCAGGGCGCGGGGAGGACGAGCUGCAGCGGGAGGGCGCGGGGAGGACUGGCCUGCAGCGGGAGGGCGCGGGGAGGACUAGCCUGCAGCGGGAGGGCGCGGGGAUGACUGGCCUGCAGCGGGAGGGCGCGGGGAGGACUGACCUGCAGCGGGAGGGCGCGGGGAGGACUGGCCUGCAGCGGGAGAGCGCGGGGAUGACUGGCCUGCAGCGGGAGGGCGCGGGGAGGACUGGCCUGCAGCGGGAGGGCGCGGGGAGGACUGACCUGCAGCGGGAGGGCGCGGGGAGGACUGGCCUGCAGCGGGAGGGCGCGGGGAGGACUAGCCAGCAGCGGGAGGGCGCGGGGAGGACUGACCUGCAGCGGGAGGGCGCGGGGAGGACUGGCCUGCAGCGGGAGGGCGCGGGGAUGACUGGCCUGCAGCGGGAGGGCGCGGGGAUGACUGGCCUGCAGCGGGAGGGCGCGGGGAUGACUGGCCUGCAGCGGGAGGUUGAGGUCGGCGCGCUUGAGGAAGACCUUGACGAUGACGCGGCCCUCGUGGUGGAAGCAGUCGAGCGUCUUGAGGAAGCGGCCCGGCGCCAGCACGUCCUUGAGCACCACGCCGCGCGGCAGCUCGUGCACCCAGUAGUCCGACGCCACGCCCGCCGCCGCCUUCGCGAUCACCACCUGGUUACCCAUCGUUCAUGCGUCGUCAGCUACGUCACCCGUUACGUUCCUCGCUACGUCGCCCGCUACGUCGCCUGCUACGUCGCCCGCUACGUCGCCCGCUACGUCGCCCGCUACGUCGCCCGCUACGUCGCUCGCCACGUUGCUCGCUACUUCGCCCGUUAUGUCACCCGCCGCGUCGCCGGCUACGUCGGCGAGGCGUGCUUCAUGUGGGGGCCUGCGCGCCUUCCUACACUACAAGGUGGCGAGACGACAACCGCGCGUGAGAUAGUGGUGGGCGGCAACAAGGGGUGGACGUACGGUGUGAGCGGAUGGAAGCCCAAACCCACCGCUAAAGCAGGCGACGUGCUCGUGUUCAAGUGGACGGGUUCCCACGACGUGUGGCAGAUGAGCAGCGCUGCUGCCUACCAGAGCUGUGACUUCAGCGGUGCCAAGGAGAAGGCACACGUGGCCCUUCGCAAGACGUACAAGUUCACAGUGCCGGCGACAGCAAGGGGCAGCACGCUGUACUUUGGCUGCAAGGUGUACGGCCACUGUGGGAUGAACAUGAAAGUGGCCGUUGCCGUCCAGUAG